AUGAGCAACACCACGGCCCCCACGGCCCCGGGUACGGUGGGCGACUCGCUGGUGGGCUACGUCCUGGGACCCUUCCUCCUCGUCACCCUCCUCGGCGCCCUCCUGGCUGCGGUGAUGUACGUCCAGAAGAAGCGGAGGUUUGACCGCCUGCGCCACCGGCUGCUGCCCAUGUACAGCUACGACCCGGCCGAGGAGCUGCAGGAAUCUGAGCAGGAGCUGCUGGUGGAGGCGGAGGACACCCGGGUGGUGCCUGGCUGGGGGGGACCCUUGCCCCAUCGGCCCCCGCGCAGGGACUGGAAGGCCUGA